CCUACUACACACACAUACAGUACAUAGAAGAAAGUGUGUUUUUGUUGUUUGUGUCUUGCAGACGUCCAGCAGCUGAUCGGUAAUCCAGAAGAAGUUUCCCCUCAGUUAGGGGGGAGCUCCACUUUGAAGCAGGAGACUCCACAACCACCCUGCAUUAAAAAGGAAGAGGAGGAACUCUGCAUCACUCAGGAGGGAGAGUGUCUUCUAGGACGAGAGGAAGCUGAUUACACCAAGUUUCCACUGAGUAUUCUCUCUGUGAAGACUGAAGAUGAUGAAGAGAAACCACAAGUAGACAACCUCUUAGCUCCACUAUCAGAUAGUGAGGCUGAAGACGAGGUUGAAGAACCUUUGAGCAGCGAUAAAGACUGUGAAGGUGAUAUGAGGACUCACACUGACAACAAACACUCUGAAUGCUCUACAAAGAAGAGAGGUAAAACAUGUUUGAGCUGCUCGGUUUGUGGUCAAAGUUUUACUAAAAAGAGCCGUUUGACUCGACACAUGAGAACACACACAGGUAAAAAACCAUUUAAGUGUUCAGUUUGUGGCAAAAGCUUUUCUCGAAAUAUCGAUUUGACUAAACACAUGAGAACACACACAGGUGAAAAACCAUUUUGUUGUUCAGUUUGUGGCAAAAGCUUUUCUGAAAGUGGCUCUUUGACUCAACACAUGAGAACGCACACAGGUGAUAAACCAUUUAAGUGUUCAGUUUGUGGCAAAAGCUUUUCUAUUAAGAGCAAUUUGACUAAACACAUGAGAACACACACAGGUGAAAAACCAUUUAGUUGUUCAGUUUGUGGCAAAAGCUUUUCUGAAAGUGGCUCUUUGACUCAACACAUGAGAACACACACAGGUGAAAAAACAUUUAAUUGUUCAGUUUGUGGCAACAGCUUUUCUAAAAAUGGCUCUUUGACUCAACACAUGAGAACACACACAGGAGAAAAAACAUUUAACUGUUCAGUUUGUGGCAAAAGCUUUCCUCAUAACAGCUCUUUGUGUCGACACAUGAGAACACACGCUGGAGAAAAACCAUUUACUUGUUCAGUGUGCUGUAAAAGGUUCACACAUAAAGCAGACGCAGUAAAACACACAAGAACACACACGGGCAAAUAACCAAUUAUCUGUUUAGUUUGUGGUAUGUUGCUCAUAUGUGGUGACAUCCACCCUACCCAGGAGGACCUCACUGCUUCUUUCACAAAUAUCUGAGGUAUUCAUACAAACUUGGAUUAGUUGAAGCAUAAUCUUAUCCACUCAUGACCCCAUGUCUUCUCUGUAUCUGAAACCUUCCUGAACAGUAAGAUAGAUGAUGCUUCAAGUGCUUGGUUACUCCUUCUUCAGUCCAGGGACCUGGGGCCUCAUGUGUCAAGUUUGUGCACGCUCAAAAACCUGCACUACACCCUUUUUCACUGCAAAGUUGAGAUGUAUCAAAACUGACGUAUGUGGAAAUGACAAACGAGGUAGUUGAUACAUAGAAUAGUUUUUAUUCAUGCUUUAUUUUGUUUUUUGUUCAAUCCUAGAUGGGUUGUGACAUAAAGUUUAAUAGAAACACUGAGAUUAAGUCAAAUUAAUUUUGUUCUUCAAGGUGUUUUUGAAAAUGCACCAUUUUUUUCCUCUAAAUGUUCAACUAACUUGAAGUGUUUUGUCAAGAUGAUUAUUUGUGAUAUGUACAUUUUCAGAAUGUGCUUGUUCUAUUUUUGGCCAAAGUAAAAUAAA